AUGCAGACUCCAAAGGAUGAGCAGCGGAUGCCACCCACACUCCAGGAGCUGGCAGGGCGCAGCCUCCUAAAGGACAAGUCCAGGGCCAUCCUAGCUCUGGAGGACCUGCCCAUACAGCUCUUCCCACCACUCUUCAUGGAGGCCUUCAGCAGGGGACACACUGAGGUCCUGAAGAAAAUGGUGCAGGCCUGGCCCUUCACCCACCUGCCCCUGGGGGCCCUGAUGAAGAAGCCACAGCUGGAGAUGAUCCAAGCGGCACUGGAUGGGCUGGACAUGCUGGCUGCCCAGCAGGAUCGCCCCAGGAGGUGGAAACUGCAGGUGCUGGAUUUGCGGAAGGUGUUAGUAAACCUGCGCUUUCAGCAAAGAUCCCUGAAUGCAUUCCUCUCCUUCCUCUUUCACAGGGUGGAUGAGAGGAAGGGUCUGAUACAGCUGUGCUGCAAGAAGCUACAGAUGUGCUCUUUGCCCGUCCGUACCAUCGAGAAGAUCUUGGAGAGGUUGGAUCUGGACUUUAUCCAGCAGUUGGACAUGCAGUGUUUCUGGAGACUGUCCACCUUGGCUACUUUUGCUACCUAUUGGGGUCAGAUGAGCAACCUGAGGAAGCUCUUCUUCUCCCACGUCUAUGUGUCUGCCUAUGCUUCCCAGGAGGAGAGAGAUCAGUUGAUGGAUGACAUUACCUCACAGUUUGCCAAGAUGGACAGCCUCCGGAGGCUGUACCUGGAUGGUGUCUUCCUCCUAGAAGGCCGUCUGUGCCAGGUGCUCAGGCUCCUGAAGACCCCCCUGGAGACCCUCUCAAUAACCGACUGCCAGCUCUCAGAUCCAGACUGGAAUGAUCUGUCGGGGUCUCCAAACCUCGACCAGCUAAUACACCUGACGCUGUGGGGCAGCAAAUUGACGAGUUUCAGUCCUGAGCCCCUCGUCAUUCUGCUAGAGAAUGCUGCAGCCACCCUUGAGACCCUAAACUUGCAGGACUGUGGGAUCACCAACUCCCAGCUCCAGGCCAUCCUCCCUGUCCUGAGCUGCUGCUCCCAGCUCAGGGUCUUGAGCUUCAAUGGGAAUGACAUCUCCAUGUCGUUCCUGAGCAACCUGCUGCUUCACACUUCCAGGCUGACCCGGUUGAGCCUAGAGAAGUACCCUGCCCCUCUGGAGAGCUAUGAUGCCCAGGGUGCCAUCCACCCAGGGAGACUUUUCCAACUCAUCGAUGAGCUGAUGGAGAUACUGAGGGAUGUGAGAGAGCCAAAGAAUGUCCUUUUCUAUACUAAACCCUGCCAUAGAUGUGGCAACUGGUUUAUCUAUAACCUGCCCUCCAGUCCGUGUCGCUGUUGGCUUCCUGCCUAG